CAGGAACGCACUACAGGAACAGCUCCAAACGUCCAUCACGCACCCGUACACGGCUCCUUCUCCCGCGAACCAGAGAGUAGACCAGCGCUGCGGUGUACUCGGCCUUUGCAACCACAUUUCGCCCACCUAGCGAACACAGCACCGCCGGACAAAAAAGCUUGGGAAAGCGACUCCUCCUUCACAUUACGAUAAUGGUGGCUCGACGCUUUUGCCUGAUCGCGGCAGUUGGGAACUGCAGCUUGGCCAUGGGCUUUCACUUCAGAGCGCCGCUAUCGUCAACUGGUCUUGGAACGGCGCAACAGCAGUGGUCGGCACCGGCGCAGACGGCACCCAGGCGCUCCAACCUCGUCCCCUUGCAGGCGGUAGCGGGGGCAACGAGCAGGAGGGCCCCCAUCAUAGUCACGGGAAACAACGUGGAGGUCACGGAACCGCUCAAGGAGUACGUGGAGAAGAAGAUGGCCAAGGUUCUGGACAAGGUGGGGUCUAGCGUGUCCAAGGUAGACGUGCACCUCAGCGUGAACAAGAACCCCAGCGUGAGCGACAACCACAACACGGAGGUGACGGUGUUCUCCAAGAACCACGUCAUCAGGGCCACCGACAACAGCGACAACAUGUACGCCUCGGUGGACCAAGUGACGGACCGCAUCCAGAGAAAGCUGCGCAGGUUUAAGGAGAGGAAGGUGGCGGGCAUGCGGGGGCGCUCGGGGGUGGGAGGGUUGUCAGAGAAGACCGCGGAGAAGGACAUGGACGCCGCUGCGGCAGAGGCGGCGGACGAAGAUCCCUUCGAAGACAAGUACGGCGAUGAGCCCGAGGCGAUGGCUGUAGUGAAGACGAAGUCAUUCCCCAUGCCAGCAAUCAGCCUCGAAGAGGCUGUCACGUGCUUGGAGUACAUCGGACACGACUUCUACCUGUUCCGCAACGAGGAGACCAACGAGGUUAACGUCGUCUACAAGCGCAAGAGCGGAGGGGUGGGGCUCAUCGAGCCGGAGUCGGAGAAGUGAGACAAUGAUAGCAGUCAGGAGGGGGACACCGCUACUGCGAACGAUAGGGGCAGCAUCUCAUGCUGGUGGGGCCGGCUAGACGACCCCCCAUCGUGGCGGACUCGCAGCGUCUGGCUUCUUGAGGACAAGUCCUGCCGAGAAUAUCGGAAGGCAUUUUGUUGCUGUUGUUGAUGUUCGAGGAGACACCGGUCUCUUCCGCUUCCCCUCGUGAAACCAAGCUUGGUGCAAACGCAUUUGUGGUCUUUUAGCGGAAGGUCUCGGCAAGGUGUUGAGGUGUUUGGUUUGCCAUGAGUGGGAAGAGGGGUGGCUCAUCUUUGUGUACGGUUACGCGUGGUGCGUCUUAGAAUUGUACCAAGCGUCUGUGCGUGUUGAUUACUAUUUUAGAGGUUUUGGUUGUAAGCGUGUAGUAGUCAGGGACGAUAUAUUUAGGCAACAUUCUUUUAUUCAGUACGCGCCGGAGAGUUAGAAUUCCCGGAAAAAUGAGACGAAGCAUCGGACCCCU